AUGGCUGAUGAUGAGCUGGAAACGUAUCGGCUCUGGCGCAUUCGCAAAACAGUUUUACAAGUGAGAUUUUUCAUUCUUAACUUAUUUUCAUUAGAUUGGCACAAAAUCCUUUGUAAUUGUCUUUUUUUCCGAUCUUCCCUUGUGAAAGGUAUCACUGCCUAGUUAAAUAGUCUGUUAAAAAAAGAAAUAACCCGAAAAAAACAAGGAUUUUUUGAUAGCCCAAUUGUUUUUCCAGAUGGUCCAUGACCGCGGUUACUUAGUUGCACAAGAAGAAUUGGAUCAACCGCUUGAAACUUUUAAGGUUUUUUUCAAUAAAAUAUGGGAAUUUUCGCUUUUUUAGGAAGUUUAUGGAGACAGGCCGAGUGAGAGGAAACCUGGAAGAGGCGAUUUGACGAUUCUUGUGGCUCACAAUGACGAUCCUACUGGUUUUUUUUGUGAAAUCAAUUAAAUUACUCUUGAAUUCAUAGACCAAAUGUUCGUAUUUUUCCCUGAAGACACGAAGAUUGGAAUCAAGACAAUCAAGGCGAUCUGCCAGCAAAUGCAGGAACAGACGAUUUCUCGAGCGAUUAUUGUGGUCCAGACGGGUAUGACGCCCAGUGCCAAGCAGGUUUAUCCUUUUCGAUUUUAAUUUUUAUUGAAUCAACGUUUUCAGUCCAUCGGGGAUAUGGCACCAAAAUACACUCUGGAACAUUUUCUGGAGGCUGAACUUAUGGUGAACAUUACGGAGCACGAAUUGGUUCCGGAACAUGUCGUUAUGACCAGCGAGGAGAAGGCUGAACUUCUUGCUCGAUAGUUCGUUCUAUUAUUCAUUUAUUUUGAAUAUAAGGUCGUAAGAUUUUCUUUUAAGCACUCCAGGAAAUUAAAGGAUUUCUGCCGAUAGCUGGUUCCAAAUGCCAGUUUUUUUUUUCCAAAGCACAGGUCUACAUAAUAUUUCAUCCAUAAGAUCACUUCGUCAGUAAAAUCUUUCCUUAAAGAUAAAUACAAAAAUGGAAAUGACUAGGAAAUAUGAAAUUUUCGAGUUCCAAAAAGACCGAUUUUCUUUUCCCCAGGUUUGCCACAGAAUAAAAACAAAGAAGCUACCUUAUCUAGAAGAUGUGCUCGAAUUAAUAGUACAUAAAUAUAACUGGCAUAAUGAGCAGUUCUUUUAUGAAAGUCGAUGUUUUCCCACCUACUCCAAAAGUCCAAGGACUUAGUGAAAAUCCUCAUAUAGCUGAUUCACGGCUAGCUUGGGACGGGGCGUGCCCUGUCUGCGCUCUCCACGAGCCAGGCGCUAUCUCGUGCAUUUUCGUGUCAGGACCCCUUUUUUCGAUGGCUUAAGUCGGCCUUGAAUCAGAAAUAUAUCCAAUGGUUUUUGUUACAUUGGUGAAAAAAUCUUGGUGGAUUUCAAUGUUCAAGUUUUGUAUAACCUGUAUAAUAUUGAAAAAUACUUCUCGCUAAGUGAUUUCUAUGGAUUUUUUGAUAUUUUUCUUCCUAUAAUUCUUUUUCAACCCUUCAAAAGAAAAAAAUUGAAACCAGUAAAUUUUUUUCAAACGUAAAUCUCUAAAUUUUUUUGUUUGAUAAAAAUUCCUGCCAUUAUUUUUUUCAAUGAAGAAAAAAAUUACAAAGGAAUGGGUCCUUGAUAGAAUCUCUACUAUUCGAAAAAAAUUCCUCUCUUCAUUUUUUUAUUUUUUUCUCGUUUUUUUCCAUUCCAUAAGAUAUUAAUGAAGCUUAGGUUAUAUUUAUUUAUAAAAUAAUCUUCCAAUAAAGAGCUUUAAAAAAAUGUUUCCCUUUUUUUGUAAGUCGAUCGUUUUUUUAUCGAGUGCAUGCCGGGAUCAAAAGUCACUCUGUGAGCCUCGAAAUAACCAUUAGAGAGUGGAAAAGAUAACUAAAUUUGGAGAGUCAGGGAUAAUUUUUAAUUUCGCGGAUACUUUGAUUACGGCAUUUCAGCUCGAUUUUUAGAAAAACAAAAAGAUUUUGUGACUUUUUUCAAUUUUCUCUUCCUUUCAGCAAACUGAAGGAUUCUCAAUUGCCCAGAAUCCAGCAAUCAGAUCCAGUGGCCCGUUAUUUCGGCCUCCGACGUGGCCAAGUCGUCAAAAUCAUUCGGCCUUCUGAAACCGCCGGCAGAUACAUCACAUACCGGCUUGUCGUUUGA